CUGCGUUACUUCCUCAGCAGAGCUGCUGGCAGGAGCGUCACCUGAGCAGGUACGGCUCACAGACAGGAAAACCGCCUCAGAUCCGGACCAGGACGGUGGAGCUGGUCGGUUUGUGUCUCUGCAGAUCAUGAAGCCUCAGGAGGUCCAACUCGUCCAGGAAAUCUCCAAGCUGCAGAGCAUGGUUGCCGAGCUGAGGGUGGGCUUCAGCGGCGCCCUGCUGGAGCUGGGUCACAUCCAGCACGGAGACCUGUACCUGAAGGAGGAGCUGGAGGAGAACCGCAGGAGCUGCCGGAAGAAAGCUCUGCGGCUGGAGACGCUGGUGGAGUCGCUGAGGGAGGAGCUGGAGACGAUGAGGAGGCAGGUGCUGCAGCUGCACGACACCAAAGCUCAGCAGGACGGAGAGAGCAAACAAACACAGAGCUGUGACCCGGCAGAACCGGCAGGUGAACCGCGUUCAGGUGUGGCCCGCCCCUCCAGAGGGAAGCUGCUCCUCCACUGUUUCCUGCAGGGCCUGAAAGCCGGGCUGAGCGAGGGCACAGACGCGCGCCACCAGGUGGCAAUGCAGCUGCUGCACUCGGAGUGGGAGUAUGUGUCGACUCUGAACCAGCUGUACGACCGGUACCGGACCCCCCCGGCCCAUCAGCUGAUGGUGGAGCCAAAUCAGACGUACGUGAAGUUCGUGGAGCAGCUUCUGCAGCGACACCUCCUCUUCAGGAACACCCUGCAGGAGCGCCUCUCCACCCAACACUGGAAGUCUCUGGUUGGAGACAUCCUGGUGCAGCUCAUCGGUCAGAACGAUACAGCGUUUUCAGACACCUACCUGGGCUACACCUCCACUCUGGCCUCCUUCCUGUCCCUGGAGUUCAGCAGACUGAACCACGUGGAGAAACGUCCGACAGUGCAGACGGAGGAGGAGGAGCUAAAGCUGCUGUCGCUGCUGCUGGCGCCGGUCACUCGAAUACACAGUUACCUGAGUCACAUCCAGAACCUGCUGCAGUGGACCGGCAAAGAGCAUCCGGACUGCAGCCUCCUGCUGGGCUCGGAGCGUGCGCUCAGGAGCACUUUGUCCCGCUGUCAUGUGAUCCUGGAGGAAGAGGUUCGGUGGGAGGAGGAAGAGGAGGCGGGACAGAGCUACUGCGAUGCUGCAGCUGCAUCCAAUGCAAACUGUUGUCUCAGAGCUCAGGUGACCAGAGACGAGCCGAACGCUCACAGAGACGGUAAGUCCAUCACCGGCGACGGCUGCCUCUCCAUGCGUCUGGAGUGCUGGUCCUGCAGCCCGGUGCGCAGGAAAGGCUGCAGGAGGGAGGAGGAGGCGGCGCCGGGCCUGGCGCCUCGCCGCUGCGCUCAUGCAUGCUGCGCUUAUGCUUGCGGCGCUCAGCUCACUCCUGACCCCGCAGGCUGGGGGGAGAACAGCGACUCAGGUCAGGGCACCUUCAGCCAGCGCACCACCAGAUGCACCACAGAGCUGGAGGCAUCCCGGACAAACCCCAGCCUGGAGGACGGAGAGACCGACCCCGAGGACACCUCCGCCUUCGACUACUCCUCCGUCACCUCCUGCAGCCCCGACGGCACCCUCCGCAGGGAGGUGGAGGAGAGCAUCAGCGGGGAGUACGAGGAGGAGGACAGCCAGGUGCCGGUGCUGCUGAAGCCCUCCGGCUGCCAGCCGCAGGCCAAGGAGGCGCCGAGAGAGAAGACGGUCUGCCUGAGAUGGCAGAUCCCCCGACAGACCCCCCACCCCCCCCUCAGGAACCCCACCGGGCCGCCUCUGGACGGGCCGGCACCGUGCCUCCUCAGCUCCUUUGGGAAGAGGUUGGUCAGCGUCCGGAAAGGGUCGCCGCCUCUGCACCCGAAAAGUGCCUUCAGGCCCAUCUGGGACGACCCGACCAAGCAGACGGACUCUGCUCCGGAGAAGGACAGCCGGCCGGGCUUUGUUCCGGUCCAAACUCUGGGCAGACAGAACUUCUACGGUUUCGGUUCCAGCAGGGACGACCUGAGGCCGGUUCUGGCCCACCAGCGAGGCGGCGGCGGCCUGUGGGACAGCGAGGACAGCGAGGAUCCCUGCAGCACCGUUUGAACUGUUCUCCCCUCAGAGGCAUGAUGGGAAAUUUGACCUGGACCUUUGAACGGAUGGAUCUGCAUGUUAUACAGCAAACAGCCAGUAGGGGGAGCCGUCAGAGCCCAAAGCGACUUCUAGGACACAAAAGGUGUAAAUUCAGGUGCAGAUGAACUCGUUCUCUGACCUACAGUCACAGGUUUGAUUCCUCAAACAUCAUUUCCAUUUAAUCCCUUUAUGGAAAAAUACGUACUUUAGUCCCAAAGAGUCCAAUAACGAUUUAUUCUGGGCUUUUAAAUUUAAUUUGCUGUUUUUGUUGUUCAUUUCUGGUGGCAGCAGACAAAAAAAAAACAUAUAAAACAAAGAAAUUUAAAACAGCUGCCAGACUGGGUUCUUCAGAGUUAAAAAACUGAAAUUAAAUAACAAACAUCUGUUUUUACUCAACUUUGUGCACAGAUUUCUUAAUGUCUUUCAUAAAACUUUAAUUCUCCGUUUGUUGGAAAAUUUCCUUUUUAUUUAAGAAGUUAAAUCAUUCCAAUAAAGUGAAUUUUGAAUGAAAAAAAUACUUUUAUUUAUUGAUAUUAUUGGGGAUUUCAAAAUGAAAUCUUCCAACGGAAGCCCUUAGAGGACAAAAGGCUCGAUUGAUUUCUUUUGAAUUCUCUUAUUCAGUUCAUUCUGUCACUAGAAUAUUGUAAAAAAUGGACUCGUGACUGACCUGAGUGAAACAGUAAGACUAUAAUUGGAAUGUGGGCGUGGUCAACGCCAAGGAGAUCCAAAAAUGACUUAAGCCCAAUUCUUUUUCUUUUAACUUGUCCUGUUGAAAAGCUGAAAACAGAUCAGAGCUGAAGCCCUCUUUACGGUCACAACAUGGAGUUAUGGGUCUUCUGACACAUGGGGGGUAUAUUUGUAUAAACCUCUUCAGUACUUUCAGCUAAA